AUGACACAGCUGCUGCUGCUCAUUGUGUUUCUCCUGGUCCUGGGCCACGUGCCUCCAGGGAGAAGUGAGUUCAAGCGGUGCUGGAACGGCCAAGGAGCCUGCCGGACCUACUGCACCCGGCACGAAACCUUCAUGCACCUGUGCCCGGACGCCUCCCUCUGCUGCAUCCCCUAUGGCGUUAAGCCUGCGGUGGCCCACAAGCCACAAAACGUGUAG